UAUUCCUGGAUAGAAAAAGAAUACCACAAACUCUUAAGAAAAGCCGAGAAGAUUUUUUCAAGGCUUGAAUGUUGGCCCAAUAUCUACUCCAUCUAUUUGAAAGAUGAUGGUCAGUUUGGCCCAAUCAAGUUCAUUAACACAUGUGUUCCUGAUUCAUUUCUGAUGGCCAUAUAUAUUUGCUGUACUCAAAAUAUCCAUAUUGCAUCUCUAUUUAACUCUUUUGAAAAACUGAGGGCACCUAUGGUCUUCUUAAGAGCUAGAAUGUAUAAUGAGGCCAAAGCAUCUUGGUUAUAUUGGUGUAAUGUCACUGUGACCGAAUAUACUGAAAACAAGUAUGUAACAGAUGCUUGGAGUAACCCAAAGGAUCAUUUACACAUGUUUGAUGAACUUAUAGUGAGCAACAACAAACUGAGCACAUUUGAACGUCUUGGCAAUGUGCAUGCCCUGGGUAUCAGUGAUCUGCAUCCUUUGCUUGUUCUAGUGGAAAUAAAUCAGGCAAUGGAUACAGCGCCACCCCUAUACAUUGAUGACGAUUACCACAGGACAUUUGAACUUCAGUUUUUGCUGAUGACGAGGACAUCCCUCCCUACUCAUAUGAUUGUGGGGUUAAACUUAUUUGAUCGAUGGAUUCUCUAUGAUAAUUCAAAGUUACCAUUUGAUUAUUUUAAUCCCAAGAAUGCUGAUUUUAGAGGAGAUUUCACCAUCCUGCUUAUAGGCUAUGUUAAUGUAGCACAAGAUGACCAUUACAGAGAAGUGCCAUUCGAACUUCCUGAAGAGGGACACUAUGGGACCAUUCCUUUUAAUUUGUCCCAUGGCUCUAACAAUUAUAGAAAGGAACACUCUGAUUGAGCAAGUUUCAUGAUUAAAUAAAUAAAAAUACAAAACAAAAAUGAUGAUUUG